AUGAAUUACCUAUCAGUUUACUCCGAGACCGUGAAUGGUAUCCUCAAUUUAAAGCUUUUAUUCAACUUACAUGGUAAAUCUUUUCGCAUGUCUAGAAAUUCGGCCGAAUCAAUUGGGAAAACAUUGAAACGAAUUGGCAUAUCAGUACAAAAAGCUCAGGAUAAGGGAGGUGAAAAUGGGAAAAAGAAGGGAAGAAAACAGGAGAUAUCAAAUCACAUUCACGUUCAAUUGCUCUGGCCGAAUGGACAAAUCGUCAACGAGGAAAUUUCCAACAUUCAAGGCUGGAAAACUGGCAAUAUGUUGAACAUUGGAGAAUUUAAGUUUUCUGUUGAAGAAAACACUCCAAUUGUUAAUUCUGCUAAGAUACCGUCUGUCAUUAUGGCUAAUUUCCCUAUUGUGCCAACUCUCAAGCUUGAAUUUGCCAAUGAAGCCAAUUCACAAUUUAAAUGGUUCAAAUGUUCAGAAAAAUUGGAUGUUGUAAAUUCAUGCACUUUAGAUGUUGAUGAAAAUCUGGACAGGAGUGGUGAGUCGCUGUGGAUAGAAGUCAGUCAAAACUUCAUAUAUGAGCCUGCUGUUGAUGAUAUUGGCUGCAUCAUCAGGUUUUCAUGUAAGGCUGGUAGUCAUGAAAAAACUGCUCACAAUUGGUUUGAUGUAACCUCUGUGUCAGUCGUCCAGGCUGCUCCAGGAUUUAUGCCUUUUGAAUCUCGACAUCUCUACACAAUAAAACCUACAAUAGAUGAAGACAUAUUACGUGUUGUGUCCUAUAACAUUCUUGCUGAUUGCUACUUAGAUGAUGAGGCUACAUGUGAGACUUUGUACGGUUAUUGUCCAAAAUAUGCUCUUGAGAUUGACUACAGACAACAGCUUUUAUUGAAGGAGAUUGUAGGCUAUCAUGGUGAUAUUGUUUGUCUGCAAGAAUGCGGUCGACGUUUGUUUGAUCAUUACUUGAAACCGAUGAUGAAUGCAAGAGGAUAUACUGGUACAGUGAGGUACAAGUCGGGUGUGAUGCUUGAGGGUGAAGCAAUAUUCUUUGACAAGAUGAAAUUUGAGUUGGUAUCUCAAAAUAUGUUUGAGCUUAAGGAAUCUUUGCUUCACAAUACUUGUAACAUUGACUUACUUCAAAAUAUCCAAGCUUUUCCAGUUGUGUAUGAAAAAUUGAUCAGUCGUACAACAUUGGCUCAGGUUGUUGUGUUGCAAAGCAUCCCUUCGCCUCAGGACUACAUUUGCAUCGUAAACACGCAUUUAUAUUACAAACCUGAUUCUUCAUACAUUAGAAAUCUUCAAAUUAUGAUUGUGUUGAACGAAGUGCAAAAGUCAUUGAAUGAACUGGAGAAUAGAUUGGAAAAAGAACGCCCCGGAGGCUAUAGAAUUGGUGUUGUAUUUUGUGGGGAUUUUAACAGCCUGCCAGGUUCUGGUGUUGUUCAGUUGUUGUCUGAGGGUUUCCUCCAAAGCUCACAUCAAGAUUGGAGUUUGCAAAUCGUGGAUGAUGAAGAUGAUUUUAUUGCAUCAAAUGUCUUGGAGAUGUCAUCCUUCAGCCAUAACUUGAACUUGCAAAAUGUUUGUGGAUUCCCAGAUUAUACAGCAUAUACUCAUGGAUUUUCAGGUGUCAUUGAUUACGUAUUUGCAAGCAAGGCACAUUUUGAUGUUCAUGCUGUCAUUCCUGUCCCAUCCAUUGAAGAAAUCCAGUUGUAUUUGGCUUUACCAUCACCUGUUAUGCCUUCCGAUCAUGUUGCUUUGGUUUGUGAGUUAAAAUGGAAAGAAAAGAAGAAAUGCGAAAAGUCUUAAAAACCUUGUGCUUCAUCUGCAUGAUUGGCAAUAGUUUCAUUUAAUUGUGUAAUAUGAAUAAAGUUUUCUUGCUUUA